AACCAAAACUGCGCCCAUGGAAACAGGGCUAUCGUGGUAUAUAGGUUUCUCCUCUAAAGCAGCCUCCUGCCCUUUACGAUCGCAGAGGAUCUUAACUGUCAGAAUGGACACACCACUUUUCGCACCGCCUUCUUACGACUCUGACUAUGAUGCCGUUGAUACCAUGAACACUGGAUUUGCUCUCGUGUUCUAUGCAGUGCAAUGUGGCUCGUGGUGGACCCUGUUCUUGUCAGCAUCAACAUACGCGUUUGGCCGGAAAAGAAUAGUCAGCAGGGCAUGGUUUGUUUACUCCAUGCUCCUUGCUGUUAUAUUCUUUAAUGGUGUCGAAACAUCAGCCUAUGUGGGACACGUGAGGUAUCAGCGAAUGGGGCAUACCGAUGUCCUCGGGUCCUUAUUGUAUAUAUUCUUCUUUAAUGCCUCCCGAAGCUUGUUCUUGGUAAGUUUAAUGAUUACCCACGCGUUCACGGUAUCUAGUCGUUACCGGAGACGCGCCUGCACUCCAACGCUUCGCGCGCAGGCGGUGCUGCUGGUGGUUGCAAGCGGCUACUGCAUUACCCGCAGUGAUCUAGGACCACAUAGACACCACGCUUUGUUCGUGCCCCUAGCCGUGGUGGUCACCGGCCUGAUCACCGACUACUCCUUCUUCGCGCUCCGCUCCUCAAAGUCUGGCUCCUCCGACUCGUACGACCUCUCCGACACCAACGCGCUGGAGGCCAGCGUGUGGUUCGUGUGCUCCGUGCUCAACCUCGCCGCAAUCAUCCUAGCCUGGCUCUACAUCUUUGAGGCGCUGGGCAAGGAGACCGCCGCAUUGGAGGAGGACUACCGGCGAGUCAACGUGAAGCUGCAGGAGCAGCAGCGCGCCGCAGCUGCCGCGGAGGCUCACUCGGUGGGUGCAACGGCGGGCCACCCAGGCUACACGCCGCUGGGCACCGGACCCGCAGCAGCAGGGGUCGGGGGGCAGCUGGCGGCGGGAGUGCCGGUGUUGCCGGUCAGCGCCAUGGGUGACGUGGAGGCGGGCGGCGGCGGCGAGGGCGAGACGGUUGCAGACCACCUGGCCUACACGUCGAAGAAGCGGCUGCUGUCACGGUUCUCGCUGGGCGUGGCGGGGUACCUAGUGGCGGAUAUAUGUGAGAGGAGGCGGUGGAGGGAAAAAGAAGAAUACCCAAUGUGGGGUUCCUUGGCCACCCCCCAUGUCCUGUCUCGCUUUCCCUCCCCACCCCCGUUGUCCCUUCCCCCUCUCAGGCGUGUUGCUGCUGCCCGUGUUCUUCAACCACGUCGUCCAGAGCACCCUGCAGGCGCUCCUGUUCGGCUGCUACCUGGCUUUCGUGGUGGCGCUGCUGGUCCUGUUCAGGCCGCAGGAGCAGAGCAGCUACCUGAUGGUGGGGUUCAGCGAGGAGGACGCGGAGGUGCGCGGCGUCAACCAGCUCAGCACCAGCAUCGCAAUGGCGGAGCUGGACGAAGGGGCCCGGGGCGGCGCAGGCGGCAGCAAGGAGCGGCACUUGGGUGGUGAUGGCGGCGAGGGGCGGCCGCUGGCGCCCGGCAGCGCAGAAGGCGGGUCCGCGGCUUCGGAGCGUGCAGCAAAGAAGGCGGGCAAGGACGCCGAUCGAUACCGGCAGCUGCCCUCGCUGCCGACCUCGUCCAAUCCCUCUUUGGGUGGCGCGGCAGGCGGCAGUCUGGAGAGCCGUGGGGGCGCGGCGUUGUCAUGGCUGCCGGCUGGCACCUUGGCGGGCGGGUCAGGCGGCGUCCAGGCUACGACACCGUCCUGUGGGCUGAGCAGCGGGACGUAUCGUGGGCGGCAGUCGCGGACGUACUCGCAACAGGAGGCGCCGCGGGAGGCGGGGCCGUUCACAUUGGGGGACGAGGAGGAGGACAACGACGACGCGUCGCAGCCGCUGGCUCGGCCGGCCGGCCUCAGCUUGGGUGGGGGGAGCAAGGGGAAGUAGACUUUGAGAAGAUUUUGUCGGCUUUCGCUAUCCUGGCUUGUAGCGGGUGAGGGUAGGCAGCUGCAUAGCGAAACCGCUGUUACUGCGAUUGUAACGGGGGUUUCGACCGUAUGCACUUACACGUUGUGAGGUGUUGGAUUGGCGCAUUUCACGUAUCAGAUUGGCGCAAGCUUCCUGGGUCUUAUGAGCGUGGAAAGUGCUAAUAGAGGUCAACGGGACGAGGCUAUCAGGGGCAACGCGCGCACCGCGGCUUGCAAUGCUCGAUGCAUGGGCCCGUGCCAGCUGAGUGCAUCAACACCUUGAUGGGUUUCCCUAACCAACUGAUCGCCCUUACUGGAAGUCGCUGCUGGUUGGUGAAAUGGAAGGGAGCUAGCUGGUUGGUACCGUCGGUUGAUGGAGGGCUACUUCCAGAGUGCAUGUAUCUUGUGGGGUUACAAGAGCGGGGUGUGUCUUGGCACCAGCAGACUGGAACAUAUAAAUGUUAACUAGCGUGGAGUGUUGCAGCCGUCUGUGGAGCUCUUGUCUCCCUUGGCACCUUAUGCAUCUUGGUGGGGGAAGGGGCCUUACAUGCAUGCGCACAAGGUGCUACCUUGCAAACGCAUUCCGAUGCAAAAAGGGAUAAACGUUUGCUCUUGAAAUACGUUGCCUCCGAGCUGAUAUUGCACCAUUCCCCCAUUCCCCUUGCUGUAAGUGCCUUGUUGUUGCAAUUACUUGGGAAAUGUUGUACGCUUAGCUUUCCUUGUCUGCAUGUUAUGGCGUUUUGCCGUUGUUUCUCUGGAUUGUCGCAAAUGUUUGUUGGCAAGGCGUCCGGGCUCAAGCUCGGGUCUUAUGCAUGCAAUGUACUGUUGCAACUGGAUAUAUAUUUCGCAGCCACUUGUAGACCGAAUGUUGUCAGUGUUGUGUGGUCGGUAAGAAGACUGCACUUGUUGAGCGCAUGUCGGUGACGUCGAUGCUAAAGCUUAGGUCUUCCGCAGCCGCCGUAGCUAUGCCUCAUGUUAACUUCCUGUUGCAGCGUUUGCCAAAUGCUACCUGUUGUCAUGGGAGGAGCUGCUGUUUGCUAGCUUCAAUGCAGUACAAUUAGCCUUUUUGCGACUUUAGCCAGG